AUGGUACUCCAAGCUAUCAAAUACUCGCGCGGCCAGCUCGAGAUUCUCGACCAGCUGAAACUACCCCACGCUGAAGAAUAUGAUGGCAUCUACUCCAGCACUGAUGCAUGGCACGCAAUCAAGGAUAUGCGAACGCGAGGAGCGCCAGCUAUCGCCAUAGUCGCUGCUCUCGCUCUCGCAGUUGAGCUCACAAACACGAAGCUUUCUUCAGUAGCAGAAGAAGUCAAGAUUUUCAUUACAGAAAAACUGGACUACCUGGUAACGAGCAGACCAACUGCCGUCAACCUUGCAGACGCAGCUAGCAAGCUUCGAAAAAUUACCGAGGAAGCUGCUGCGAGUGAGGGAGCAAGUGGAGAAGCCGUGAGAGGAGCAUAUGUUGCCGCUGCCGAGAAAAUGUUGGUCGACGACGUGAGCGACAAUGAGAAUAUCGGCAAGCAUGGCGCGGAGUGGAUAAUGAAAAAUACGGAGGCAGGAAAGACGGGACCUGUGAGCAUGAUGACACACUGCAACACCGGAUCUCUCGCAACUGCAGGAUAUGGUACAGCGCUUGGAGUGAUCCGAUCUCUACAUGCCAAUGGAUCGUUGAAGCACGCCUUCUGCUCUGAAACGCGACCAUACAACCAAGGCUCCAGACUGACAGCAUUUGAGCUGGUCCACGACAAGAUACCGGCAACUCUCAUCACAGACUCCAUGGCCGCAGCGCUGCUCCGACUACGGGGUGGAAGCGAGAAUAUUGCGGGUAUCGUGGUUGGUGCUGAUCGGGUGGCCGCAAAUGGUGAUACUGCCAACAAGAUUGGAACCUAUUCAUUAGCCAUUCUUGCAAAGCACCACGGCGUCAAGUUCCUGGUUGCAGCACCGAGGACUACUAUUGACCUGAAGACCGAAUCGGGGUCAGACAUCGUCAUCGAAGAACGCCCCGGGAAGGAAGUGACGCUCGUCAAAGGACCGAGACACGAUGGAGUCACGCUAGAUCUUGGUGUUGUUGAGACUAUCAGUAUUGCAGCCAACGGUAUCGGUGUAUGGAACCCAGCUUUUGACGUCACACCUGCAGAACUUAUUGAUGGUAUUAUCACCGAGAUAGGUGUGGUUGAGAAGGACAGCAAUGGUGUGUUCCAUUUGGAUGAAGUCUUUAGAAUGGAGGGUUCCGAAGUAAAGCCCUCGACUGUCGGUGGCUUGUGA